AUGGAGGACAAAGGGCUGCGGUAUGGGACGUGAAGUUCGAAAUAUAGCACGUACGGCUGGGGACGCGGACGUUGGGGUUGGGACGUAGGACGCGAGGUUGGAUGUGGUACAGCAGCACCAUGAGGUUAAAGGUGGUACUCAGCGCUCCUGGCAGCAGUUUGCAGCCCCCCACCAUCACCCAGCCCUGAGCUUGGAAGAAAGAAUGGCAACUGCACCCUGCAGCAAGAGCGGAACAACUUUAUUCCCAUAAAGCAUGUGGAAUGUUAGAGUUGGUGUGAGGGAGAUGACAGGUCCAAAGCUUGUGGAAGCUAUAAAUAAAAGACACAUGCGAGAAUUGAAGGAUGCAGAGCCCAGCUGCUUCCCGGGCUGUGCAAUGCCCAAAGGACAAGAGAUGUCAGGCAUGCAACUGAUGGCAGAGGGCUUUCAGCUCUUAACAGGUGUGGACGCAGCCUUCAUCGUCUUCUUCAGGUGAUGGUAAUUGGGCAAGAUUUUCAUCAGGAAGUCUAGUUGCAGUGUCUGAGGCUGGAAAGAGAAACACUGUCAGCAGUGGGCAGCCACGAGGGGAGCCUGGGGACAAGGGGAUGGAACCUACCUGUGGCCGCUCAGUUUGCACGCGGCGAAGGCAGUCGGCACCAUAGAUGACGGUGUUCUCAGGGAUCACCUCAUAGGUGUUGACGUUGCAGCAGGCCCCGAUGAUGCAGCCGCUCGUCAGGAUCACAUUCCUGCCAACAAAUGCUGUAAGGAGAGUCUCUGUGAGGGCCACCCUGCUUGAAGCCACGCACUGCUGCUCUAGCAGCAAAAACUCCAAGCAGAACAAAGACAACUUGAGCUCACCUUUGGAUUCAAUUACGUUGUUAUCUCCCACUUUCAUUGCCUGUGAAUCUACAGGUUAUUGUCAAAGGAAAACCUUUUGCUUCUGGUUCAAAAGGUGUGCCCCAAUGCCACUUUCAAACCAAAAUCUACCCCGUAAGCACCCCCAGGCUGCCCGUGCCUGGGCAACAUCCACACGUUUCCCUGCAGCGCAAGGAUACAGCACCCAACUUCAAAGACAUUGUUGGUGCCGAUGAUCAUGGGCUUGGGCUCCACCUCCUCAGUUUCUGGAGUGAUGUUUUCUGGGUACCUGCAAGACAGGUGAAUGUACUUUAGGUGUCAGCAGCAGCUGCCUUUACAGCAGGGCAGGAAGAAGGCAGCCCUACACACACCCGUUGAUGAUAAGUGCCUGCUCCUCUAUUAGGUUGCCUUCCCCGAUCACAAUGGGCCCUGCCUCCGCGAUGAUCCUGGCCUUUGGGUGUAUCACCGUCCUCGGCCCUGUGGAAACCGCCCCACGUCACCAGAGCCACCACCAUGUACCCCAGUGGGUGACCAGGGCCGCCAGGUGCCACCCUUACCAAUGGUGACAUCCCCACGGAUCUCGCUCUCCACACACACCACGGCUCCCGGUGCGAUCUUCACGCUGCAGAGGGGACACGCAGAACAUGAAGAUGGAGGUAAGAAUUGAGCACACGUGGGAUGGUUUACCUGUGAGCCACGACCCCGUAGCAAUUGCACUUCAGUCGUAUGAUGCAGGACUGCUAAUGCAAGUGAGUGCUCCCUUCUUCAAUGAUCCUCCAGCGCCACUUGGAGCGCCAGGGAAACCCUUCAGAAAACUGUGGGACUAUGAAGUUGUAGAAGCAUUUUUCUUGAGUGACGGAAGUGAGCAGUAUCUAGAAGUUGAACUUUGUCCUCAUGGACAACACUUACUGUUGCUGCUUUCUGGCGAAAGAAGAGUGUGGAAAGAAGAACUUCCCUUAGAAUUCGAUGUGACCAGAACGGAAACCAAAUGGAGGGGUAGAGCUCAUCUGCCUUGGAAUUAUUUUCCACCAGGCAUUAACAAGUUCAAUGCCUUUGCAAUCCACGGCUCAGGAGAUCACAGAAAAUAUGAAGCACUUUAUCCUGUGCCUCGACACAAACUUCAGGAAGGCCAGAAACCAGACUUUCAUCGCCUGGAAUUUUUCCAAGAGUUGAAUCUGAAAGAACUAAUGGGAGAAGACUGGAAGCAGCCUGAAUCAGACAUAUGGAAGUCUCAUACUAAAUAGCAAACUGGAUUGAGGCUUACGUUUUUGCUCGCAUUAAGUUUGGAUGCAAGUGCAUGAGAACAAGUGAUGUUGAGCAGAAACUAUGGGAAUGGAAUGUUGUUUCUGCACUAGAAACUACAUUAGAACUAACGAGAUAAAUAUUUUUCUACAUAGCUCUUUUUGGGAAGGUCUUUUUACUUCACCAGGGGUCUCUGAUAGUCUUCGCAUGCUCAGCAAUAGGUGAAGUAAUUUAUAGCCACAGAAAUUAGGUAGAUGGAGUAACUUGUAGGUACACAGACUGCAGCUCUAGUCUGUCCAACCAAUUCUUUGAAAGAUA